CUUCAAGCUGUAAAAAUAGGGUACCUUUUGUAAGGGCCUCGUUGUUUUACAUUCAUUUCAAUGUGGGUAUCUUCUUGUUUAGAGGAAUCAUUUGUGGUCACUGUUGUGGAAACAUUAAAUAUGUGUAUAACAUACUGCAUGUGAAUAAUAAUAAUGAUAAUAGUACAAAAUCUUGGCGUUAGAAAGUCAACAUAAUAAAAACUGAAUGGAAAAUAAGUUGUAUAUUCAUUCAAAGCACCGCCCCCUACUCACAUUGGCAUGAACAUUCAAUUGCGCAUGCGCAUCCUUGCUCACCGGCAGUGGCACUGCAGCGCAACGGUGACGGUCAGAGGAGACGAUCGUUAUACUUUCGUGAAGACGACGAGCUGUGACGAACAAUCGUAAGUAACAUAUUUUAAAGUUUCUUUAUAUUAACAUUUGACACAAUCUAGAAAUAUUUAUGUGUAAACCUGCCUAAAUUUUUUUUCUUAACAUUUUAAGACUUGUGUGGUCAGUUAGUCAUCUGCUUUUCGCUAUAUAAUUAUAUAAUGUUCAGCGGUCUUACAUUUAUCAACUACUUACAUCAUACGUAGAAACUUUUGAGCAGAUAUACACCAUAUGUAGAAACUUAAGUAAUUUCUUAAACGUUAUUUUUGUAGCUAACAUCAACAAUGGGCUUCAUCAGUGACUGUCGGUUAACUUAGGCCUCGGACGUACGUUACGUUUCUGUUGCUGGUUGCUUAGUGACAGUUUUAAACAUCAUUUUGGAGGGAAAUUACCCUUAUCUGUUCUAAAUCCACUAUAAAAAUCGCAAUAUACACGAGAAAUAACUUGUGUUCUUGGACCUUGGCUUGAACAUAUCUCUCCUAAAAGCAAGCAGUUGUCGUAAUGUACGAGACUCGCACAGGCACGCAACUACACGGCUAGAUCACCGGCUGGUGCGUAGCCUGAUUGAGGUCCAGAUCGAACAAAACUUUAACAAGAGAUUAAUACAUCUAUAAAACAUUAAUUUCUUUUUACAUUAAACAUUAAAGCAUAUUAUAUUUGGAUAAACACUCUUUGUUACAUAUCAAACGCAUAUAAUUGACAGAAUAUUGUCUAUUUUCUUUUUAUCCUAUUAAGAAAAUGAGGUUUAUGUUAAUCCAGUGGAUUGAAGAUCCCCCAACAUGGGAUGUGCUUUCAACUGAUAAAAUUAUUAAUGGAAAGUGUGAGAUUGGUGGUGUAUGUGAUGUCCAGUACGAGGAAGAGUCCAGCCCUGCAAAAAUUCUAAACAUUGGAACUAGAUCGGCCAUGCUUAAGCAGCUUCAUUCUGUAGAGAAAAAUCAGUCCAUCAAACAAUCCAGACCUGAAGGGAAUGAAGAAUUAGGGAGAGGGAGGCGCCAGAAGUAUAGAAGAAUACUUUCUGAAUCAGAAAGCAGUGACGAAUAUGAGGCAGUCAGUAAACAAGUUUCUGAAAAAAACAUCAAAAGAAUAAGAGCCAGAUCCUUUCUGCAUCAGUAUAAUCGAGAAAAACACCCAUUCACUGCAGAGGAUCCAUUGGAAUCAAGCAGGGAGGCAACAACAUCAACAAGGAAUGACAGUGGAGUCAAUCAACAAAUCUUGGCCGAGUUAAGAGAGAUUAAGAGUGUUCUUGUGGAAACUCUAACACUUUUAAAAAAUGGAUGCACUCCAUUAAUGACUGCACCUGCCCACACUCUCCCUGCACGCACUUCGGAUAUGCCAGCCCCAGAGUCUUCCCCUGUGGUACCUGCCCCUUCCUCUCUACUGCCUCUUCAUGUAAAGGAGACUAGGAGUAAUAAUGACUGCAAAAAGGUUCGAAUUGGCCCCAACACAUCCAUCGGUGCCGAACAGUUUGGCCACAUUAAAUGGACCGAAGCUAAAAAAGCAACAAAAGACCUCCUGGUGGCUGUUUUUGGAAGAGCAACACUGGCAACACACUGCUACACAGGAAAAAGUUCUAAUGCCUUCAAAGACAAAAUAGCAAAGCCACAACUGGAGGCUCAAAAAGUGUCUGACAUAAUUGGCUACAUCAAAAACAAAUUUAAUAUUGAAGCAAAUGUAAUUAAGAAGGCCAUCUCCCAGAAAUGCGCAGAUGAAAGCAAAAUGUCAAAAAGGCGCCACAAUGAUUCUGUGUGAGUUUGAAUCAAACUGAUUUGUUCAGGAUGUUUAAUGCUGUAUUUCAUAGUAAGUGUGUGUGCGUGCGUGCGAGUUUGUGUGAAUCAGACAGAUUUGCUCAGGAUAUUUUUAAUGUUGUAUUUCAGUUAUUGUUGUUUGUGUGUGUGUGUGUGACUGUGUGUG